CCGACCGCGGCGGGUCCCGCCCGGGGAGGCGGUGGCGGGGAAGGGGGAGGAGAGGCGGCGGAGUGCGCUGCCUCCCGAGGAAUCAGACGGGGGGAGAGAGGAACGCGCGGAGGAAAGGACGAGCCGGGCUGGGGAGCGUCCCGGUCCCGGUCUCGCCCGCCUCGGAGCACCCGCGUCGCCUCCGCGCCGGGACCGCGGGUAGAGUCGCUUGGGGCGGCCGCCGCCCGGCGGCCCCGCGCCCAUGUGCUCCCGGCAGCCGCGGCGGGCAGCCUCCACGCCCGGCGUGUCCGGACCUUUGACUUCAUGAUGGGAGGAAAUAUCCCCCCGCCUCUUCAGAUCCAAGCUUCUCCCAGUGUGAGGAUUUGUCAAGGCUGAGAGAUUCCGGAUUAUCCAUAAAGCUCCUCUAAAAUACACAGUUACUUUUGUCUUCCCAUCUUGUGGGGUCUUGGAGCAGACACAAAGAUGGCCUCCAGCCUCACCUGUGCUGGCAUCGUCUGGGCCUUCCUCUCCUUCCUCUGUGCUGCUGCCUCCUGUGUUGGCUUCUUCAUGCCCUACUGGCUCUUGGGGUCUCAGCUGGAGAAGUCUGUUUCCUUCGGCACUUUCCGGAGGUGUUCCUACCCAGUGCGGGAUGAGAGCCGCCAGAUGACCGUGAUGGUGGAGCAGUGUGGCCGCUAUGCCUCCUUCCAGGCCAUCCCGAGCGCCGAGUGGAGGAUCUGCACGGUGGUGACGGGCCUGGGCUGCGGGCUGCUUCUCUUGGUGGCCCUGACAGCGCUCAUGGGCUGCUGUGUGUCCGAGCUCAUCUCCAGGACUGUGGGCAGGGUUGCAGGAGGAAUCCAGUUCCUUGGGGGUUUGUUGAUCGGCUCUGGUUGUGCCCUCUAUCCUCUUGGCUGGGACAGUGAAGAAGUCAGACAAACCUGUGGUAACCUUUCCAACCAGUUUGAAUUGGGGACCUGCCACAUCGGCUGGGCCUACUACUGCACGGGCGGGGGCGCGGCGGCCGCCAUGCUGGUGUGCACCUGGCUCGCCUGCUUCUCGGGCAAGAAGCAGAAGCAAUACCCCUACUGAGCCGGCCCCGGGCAAGGGCCCUGCCGGGCUCGCCCAGGUCUGCUGGACAGCGACCACGGACAAGGAAUUUUCAAGUGCUUUCUCUCAGGAGCAGGACGGCGGGCAGCCCCAGGGUGGCGGGGAGGUGAAGGGUGGUGCAAAGCCACCCGGCCGGGCUGGGCAGGGACUGGCUCUCUCACCCGAGCCUGCUCAGGGUCUGCUCCACAAAAAUAUAAGCAAGGAAAACUCUGCUUUGGCAAAUGGUGAAAUUCUGCAUGCACCAAUUACAGGACAGGCUGGUGAGGGGUGGCAGCGCCCACAUGCUGGGGUAGCGCCUGGCAGCCCCUCAGUGCAGCGCUCCCAAAAGCACACACGCACGCACAGAUGUUGACCAUGGCACAAAACAAGUAGGGGGGAAACUUUUUUUUGGUGCGAUUCUUCUUUCUUUUCCUUUUUAUUUUCUCUCUUUUUUUUUUUUUUUUUUUUUUUUUUUUUUUUCUUUUGGGGUUCUUCUCUCUGGUGGUUUAAGACUUGGUGUUGCAACACUUUUUAAUCUAUACAUUAAAACUUAAUAAAAAGGACCAAUAAGCCACUUUAUCAGUAUUUUGUAUAAUCUCUACACAUUUUUCUUCCCCAAACAUUUAUCCACUGCUUAUUCAGCCCUAUGUAACUUUUAUUAAGACUCUGUGUUUUCAGCAUUAUUACAAAAUGCAACAUAAUUACUUGGCAUAUGUACCCUUACUAUAGUACUUUUUAUGAAAUGCAGUAAAUGGACGUUUUCCUGUCCAUUGGAAAUUCCACUCACGGUACUAUAGAGCUCUGUUGGUUACGUACAACUAACAGCAAACUUCUUCCAGACAUAGAUUUCUGUUGCUGUUAUGUUUAGCUCAUUGAUGUUGUAUUGUGCUGUACCAUGUUUAUUAUUUCAAUAUUCAUUUUUGUAAAAUAUAUAUAUAAUAUGUGCUAUUUUAUGUUUGUAUUUGAAAAAUCUCUGUAAAUAAAUUUUUCCUUGAUCAAU